GUGUGCUUUAACAACCUAUUGUUUAGUGUGUGAAUGUGUGUGUGAAUGGGUGAAUGACUGGAUAUAUAAAGCGCUUUGGAGUCCUUAGGGACCAUAAAAGCGCUAUAUAAAUACAGGCCAUUUACCAUUUAUUGUUUAGAUAUAAUCCCAAUACUCAGAAACAAGUUCACAGGAUUUAUUACUAAUGAGCUGAAAACUGUUGUUCUUACCAAUAAACACACGAAAUUCCCUGUGUAUAUGUUCCUGCAUUACACUCCUGAGGUAUCUGGAAAAAAAAGAACAAACUCCAUUGUUUUUUAAACUUGAAGACCCUCAAGCACUUUCAAAAUGAAAGCUCACAAACACCUCCACGACUGAAUCACACUUUCUUUUCUGAGCUUCAUACUGUGACCUGUUUUACAGCAGCUGGCAGGUAAACGGCUGAACUCUGGAAUGAAAUACACCUUCAUUUCUCGGUAAAGCGAGAGUAUUUGAGAAAGGAAAGUGAAUUAACCUCCCCUCCUCAUCUGACUCAUUUGAAACGAACCAGGAAACAGGCUGUUCUUCGUCCUCAGUAAAGAGAGACGCGCAGACGAUCAGACUGAGUUCAGACCAAACUAGCAGCUUCCUCUGAGUGAGUCCAGCUACAGGAGAGAAAAGUGGAAAACUCCAACACUGCUGCUUCAAGCUGCUGAUGCUCCACACACUGAAUCUUCACUCACAGACUCAAUGGCUUCCAGAUCACAGAAGGAUCUCUGCUGUCCGGUCUGUCAGGAGGUCUUCAGAGAUCCUGUUCUUCUGUCAUGUAGCCACAGCUUCUGUAAAGACUGUCUGAAGAGAUGGUGGAGAGAGAGAACAACACACGAGUGUCCAGUUUGUAAGAAAUUAUCAGUGUAUGAUCCACCUUUAAAUCUGGCUUUAAAGAACCUGUGUGAGUCGUUCUUACAGGAGAGAGAUCAGAGAGCUUCAGAGGCUCUCUGCAGUCUGCACUCUGAGAAACUCAAACUCUUCUGUCUGGACCAUCAGCAGCCAGUGUGUGUCGUCUGUUGCAUCUCAGAAAAACACACCAAGCACAGAUUCAGACCCAUCAAUGAAGUUGCACAACAACACAAGAAGCAACUUCAGGAAACUCUGGAGCCCUUAAAGAAGAAGUUAAAGGUUUGUGAAGAAGUUCAAGUGAAGUUUGAUCAAACAGCAGAACACAUUAAGGUCCAGGCCCCACACACAGAGAGGCAGAUUAAGGAGCAGUUUAAGAAGCUUCACCAGUUUCUAGCAGAGGAAGAGGAGGCCAGGCUGGCUGCACUGAGGGAGGAAGAGGAGCAGAAGAGUGGGAUGAUGAAGGAGAAGAUGGAGGCUCUGAGCAGAGAGAUAGCAGCUCUUUCAGACACAGUCAGAGCCACAGAGGAGGAGCUGAGAGCUGAAGACGUCUCAUUCCUGCACAACUACAAGGCUGCAGUGGAAAGAGUCCAGCGCUGCCCCCUGCUGGAUGAUCCACAGCUGCCCUCAGGAGCUCUGAUAGACCAGGCCAAACACCUGGGCAACCUGACCUUCAACAUCUGGAAGAACAUGAAGGACAUGGUCUCCUACACUCCUCUCAUUCUGGACCCAAACACUGCUCAUCCAGAACUCAUCCUGUCUGAAGAUCUGACCAGUCUGAAGCGAGGGUGGAGGCAGGAGCUUCCUGAUAAUCCAGAGAGAUUUGAUUUAUACUUCACUGUCCUGGGCUCUGAGGGCUUUAACUCAGGGACUCACAGCUGGGAUGUCGAAGUUGGAGACAGUACAUUAUGGCUGGAUCCACUGCUCUCCCAGUUCAGAAGAAGCUCCAGAGGAUCAGAGUGA